AUGGUGAACACCGCCACCUUAGGCGCGUGUGGGGGCGUGGAGUGGCCUAGAGGCGGUUUAGGGUUUAGGAUAUAUGUGAAGAAGCUAUUGGGAGACAGCAUUUCCAUGGCAGUAGGUGAAAAAUGGUCAAAAUUGAGAAAGCUUUCCAACCAUGCCUUCCAUGGAGACAGCUUAAAAAAUAUGAUUCCAGACAUGAUAGCUAGUGCUGAGACAAUGCUUGAAGGGUGGAAAAAGCAUGAAGAAAAAGAGAUUGAGGUGUGUGAACAUUUUAGGUUGUUCACUUCAGAAGUGAUUUCAAGGACAGCAUUUGGUAGCAAUUAUUUAGAAGGGAUGGAUAUUUUUGACAUGUUGAUGAAGUUAAGCUCCUUGAUAUUCAGAAACUCUCACAACUUCAGGGUUCCUGGCAUCAGCAUGUUGUAUAAAACAAGUGAUGAGAAAGAAUCAGAGAAGCUUGAGAAAGGAAUACAGGACACCAUUUUAGAAAUUGUUAAGAAAAGAGAAGGGGAGGCGGUGACCGGAGAAGAAGACAGCUUUGGGACUGAUUUUCUUGGUUUACUUUUGAAGGCUCACCAUAAUGCGGAUAACAAACAGAGGAUCUCGGUGAACGAAUUGGUUGAAGAGUGCAAGACGUUUUACUUUGCUGGACAAGAUACCACUAACUCUUUGCUUGUUUGGACUGUCUUUCUUCUGGUUCUCCAUCCGGACUGGCAGGAGGAAGCGAGAAAGGAAGUACUGCAUUUAUUCAGCAAACAACCACCAAAUCCCGAUGGCCUUGCCAAACUGAAAACAAUGAGUAUGAUCUUCAAUGAGUCUCUGAGGCUAUAUCCUCCAGUUAUAAGCCUCGUACGAAGAGUGGAUAAGGUUAAAUUGGGAAACCUCACUGUUCCUUCUAAUGUUGAAAUACUUGUCCCAAAUCUAGCACUUCAUCAUGAACCUCAGUUCUGGGGACAAGAUGUGAAUGUUUUCAAACCGGAUAGAUUCUCCGAAGGUGUUGCUAGUGCUACUAACAACAACAUGGCUGCAUUCUUACCCUUUGGAAUGGGACCUAGAACUUGUGUUGGUCUCAACUUUUCCACCACAGAAGCAAAGAUCGCUCUUUCAGUGAUUUUACAACGGUACUCCUUCACCCUUUCCCCAGCCUAUGUCCACUCCCCCUUUCAGUUUCUCACAGUUCGUCCCCAGCAUGGACUUCAAGUUAUUUUACACUCACUCUGA